CUGCAAUCCUAGUCUUAUUUGCUUCCACUUUCUCACUUUCGUUGAGCUUGCUUCCCUCUCGCGUGCUUAAGCCUUUCCUGCCCGCAAGAAACCCUAAACAACCGCCAACGACGCCAUGGACGGCCUGAUUCCUAUGGCUUACAGGGCGAUCAAGAAGUACAACUAUCGUCGCCGCUACCAGUGCAUAUCCGUUACAAACGACCAAGUCAGCGAUGACCACGUGCAACCACCCACGUCGGAGAACGACAGCAACGGAUCGGGGCAUCAUCGACGGGCCGGAGAUUCUCAGGCGUCGGAUCACCAGCGUUACUAUUCAUCGACGAUCACGAGCAGGACGCGGAAGCAGCAGAAAGAGACGACGAGGUUUCGGGGCCACCCACCGGCCGCUGUUUCACUGAGUUACCUACUUCCUGAGUCGAGCUGAUGGAUUAUCUUCGCUCCACAAACUUCUCCGAUCUCCCCACAUGAAGACGUUACGUUGUUAAGUCUUUCCUAUACCUCGGCUGGGAAAAGGGUCAAAACUCAAAACCCUAGCCUUCCUUCUAUAUAAAAAAGAAGCUUAGCUACGGUUCUAGUCGUAAGCAAGCCUGCAAAAUAUAGUCCUCUAAUAAAAAUAUAAUCCGUGA